AGUUUAAUUAGGCAGCAGGUGUGACACAGACGCAGGUGACAGCAUGAGUCACCGCCGAAAGAAGAACCUCUGUCUGAGCUCCAGGUGUACCUAAUAAUGUGGCCUGCUCCUGGGUGGAAUUUUAUUUUGACGCUGAGAUCUGAGCACUUCCUCCUCCUGCUGAUCCAGUCCAGCUGGUUCCUGGUUUGUGCCUCCUGUGAGCCGUGACGUGGGAGAACCUGCUGAACCCGUCUGACCCCGCCCACCUGCUCCAGGUGACAGCGUCAGCUCACAUGGAGCGCGGUCGUCUUUAUAAAUGCUCGUUUCAUCCUCUCGAUCCUUUCAUUCCCUUGGCCGACAUUUUGAUUGGAUAAAAUGAAAGUGUUCUGCUCAUUUCCUGCUUAUAUUCUUAGAGCAGCUUUGCAUGAUUCACUGCUCAGAAUAAUCUUUCUUUGUCUUAUGCUGGGCCUCAUGCAGCCCCUCCCUCCAUCCUCGGUCUCAAACACGUUGUUUUCAAGCCCUCACUCCAAAAAGACUACUGUCUUUUCUGCUUGGCCAGCUUCUGGAAGCCUGCAGAGGGGCAGCACUCAGUGCCCAUGAGCUGUACUGUCUGAGCUUUAGAGAUUUCUACAGGUUUGUGUUCCUGGACACAAAGAAGUGAAACGUGCCCUGAGAGGAAAAUCACCUGGAUUGAAGUUAUGUUUGCUGGACAGAUAAAUUCAGACCAUUUUGAAAGCUCUCACUGACUCGUGGUUCGUACAUGUGAGCGUCCCCCAAAGAGCCGUUAAGAGCAGGAAGAGCAAUAAACACCAGUUUAUUGAUUUGUGUGUGUGUGUGUACACACAGCCGUGGUUUCUAAGCCCGUCCUGUGAGGCUGAUGGAGUCCUCGGGCUCUCACGCCAGCGACCAGCGUUCAGCUCUCACACUGACCAUUAAUUACACAUCUAAUCAUAAAAGUACAGAAAGUAGUUUAAGGGUGGUGUAGUACGGUGGCUCUGAGGUGAUAAAGAACACUUCCCUUCCUUGAAAACGAUGGAUCACAUUCCCGGUUUUGCGUGUGUCCAGUUCCCGGUGUGAAGGUCCCUCCCUGAGCCUGGUUCUGCUGGAGGUUUCUUCCUGUUAAAAGGGAGUUUUUCCUUCCCACUGUCGCUAAAGUGCUUGCUCAUAGGGGGUCAUAUGAUUGUUGGGUUUUUCUCUGUAUUAUUGUCUUUACCUUACAAUCUAAGGCACCUGUGUCAGUGUGUGAGCGUGUAUCUGGUGUGUAUUCACGAGCACUGAGCAGAGGUGUGGCUCUGUGAACAGAUGUGAACAGAUGUUCAGGUCUGCUGCUGUGUUUGUAAAAAAUAAAACUGAACAUAUAUUUUUUUCACUUUGCUCGGUUUAAUCUGAGUAACUUUUUCACGGAUGCCGGGGACCGUGCCGUGAUGUGCGCGCGGUAACGUUGAACGUUAAACCUUCAGAGUCGUGGAGGCUGAAGCUGCGGUCACAGGAGUCACUGCCGCCGUGGGUUCUGGGAGUUGGAGGAAGUAAUGAAAGUGUAAUAUUGGGGGAGGAGGAGGGCUAACAGCGGCGGAUUUUCGCCCCACAGGGUGGGAAUGAGGCCACGCGUGGUGAAUUCACAGAAAGCUCAGUGCGGAAAUGAGGAAAACUUACCGCAGCCACAGAGCGAUGAGGAGCUGGAGGAGGUGACGUAGGGCCGUGUGAGUGACGUCAGUCCCUGUGUGUCUCGGGGUGUGUUUGUUUGUGAGAGGAAGAGGCUGGUUGGAUUUUGGGCGGGGUCUGAGGAGAGAGAGAGGGAAGCGGAGAAAACCGAAAAACCUCCCGAUCCUCCUCCUGCUGCUCCUGCAGCACACAGACAAAAGGAGACCGGGACAACACACACGCGCACACACACACAGACUCGCACGCUCACACACAGACGGCCAGAGCGCGGCACAGACGGACGGACAGCCGGGAGGAUGGGCCGGCGGAGCGGCCGUCGGUAGCGCUCUGAUUUCGGGGACGGAGCUCCAGGAUGAGCGUAGCGCUGCAGGACCUCCGGAACACCAUGUCCAGCUAUAAGCGAGCGACCCUGGAGGAGGAGGAGGUGUCCGACGCGCCGGCUGAGGCGGCCUCGUCUCCUGACAGAGUGGAGGUGGGCUUCAGGAAGGGUGGUGUGGACAUCCUGGGGAGGAGGACUCAGCUGGAGGUCCUGCUCUCAGUCCUGCUGCUGGCUGCCCUCCUGGCUCUGCUGGCCUGCCUGGUGGUCCUGGGACUCGGCUUCAGCUCAGACAGUGGGCGUGGCCUGUGUCUGUCAGAGGCCUGUGUCACUGUGGCCAGUCAGAUCGUGGAGGCGAUGGACCGCAGCGCUGACCCCUGCCAGGACUUCUACCAGUUUGCCUGCGGAGGCUGGAUGAGGAAGAACCCGCUGCCUGACGGACGCUCGCGCUGGUCCACCUUCAACAGCAUCUGGGAGCAGAACCAGGCGCUGCUCAAACACCUGCUGGAGAACGGGACGUUUAACGGCAGCAGCGAAGCAGAGAGGAAGACUCAGUCCUACUACCUGUCCUGCCUCAACACCCAGAGGAUCGAAGAGCUCGGAGCUCAGCCUCUCAUAGACCUCAUCACCAAGAUUGGAGGCUGGAACAUGACGGGUCCCUGGGACAAAGACAACUUCAUGGAUGUUCUGAAGGUGGUCUCCGGUCCGUACCGAGCUCAGCCGUUCUUCAGCGUCGGAGUCAGCGCCGAUCCCAAAAACUCCAACAGCAACGUCAUUCAGGUGGACCAAUCAGGGCUCUUUCUGCCGUCCAGAGACUAUUACCUUAACAAGACAGCCAAUGAGAAGGUGUUGGUGGCGUACCUGGACUACAUGGUGGAGCUGGGGAUGCUGCUGGGGGGCGAGAGGAGCUCCACUCAGGCUCAGAUGCAACAGAUUAUGGACUUUGAGACAGCGCUUGCCAACAUCACCGUCCCACAGGACCAGCGGCGAGACGAAGAGAAGAUCUACCACAAGGUCACCAUCGCGGAGCUGCAGCUGCUGGCUCCAGCCAUCGACUGGUUGGACUACCUGUCGUCCUCUCUGUCUCCUCUGGAGCUAAACGACACUGAACCCGUCGUCCUGUAUGCCAAAGAGUACCUGCAGCAGGUGUCGGAGCUGAUCAACAAGACAGACCGCAGUCUGCUGAACAACUACAUGAUGUGGACGUUGGUUCAGAAGAGCGUUGCCAGUCUGGACCAACGCUUCGAGAACGCUCAGGACAAACUGCUGGAGAGUCUGUAUGGAACAAAGAAGUCCUGCACCCCGCGCUGGCAGACCUGCAUUGGGAACACUGACGACACCCUGGGCUUUGCGCUGGGAGCGCUGUUCGUCAAGGCAACGUUUGACAAACAAAGCAAAGAGAUCGCUGAAAAGAUGAUCAACGCCAUCCGGUCGGCGUUCAAAGAAGCGCUAGACCAACUCAGCUGGAUGGACGACCAGACGAGACAGGCUGCAAAGGACAAGGCAGAUGCAAUCUAUGACAUGAUCGGAUUCCCAGAAUUCAUCCUGGACUCCAAGGAGUUGGACGAUGUUUAUGACGGGUAUGAAGUGUCAGACGACAGCUUCUUCCAAAACAUGUUGAACUUCUACAACUUCUCUGCUCGAGUGAUGGCCGACCAGCUGAGGAAGACUCCCAACAAAGACCAGUGGAGUAUGACUCCUCCUACAGUUAAUGCCUACUACAUGCCCACUAAGAACGGCAUCGUCUUCCCUGCUGGGAUCCUGCAAGCUCCCUUCUACGCCCACGACCACCCCAAGGCACUGAACUUUGGUGGAAUUGGGGUGGUGAUGGGCCACGAGCUCACGCAUGCCUUUGAUGAUCAGGGUCGUGAGUAUGAUAAAGAGGGAAACUUGAGGCCGUGGUGGCAGAACUCGUCCGUGGAGGCGUUUCGUCAGCGGACCGAGUGUAUGGUGGAUCAGUACGGCCACUACACCGUCAACGGCGAACACAUCAACGGAAAACAGACACUCGGAGAAAACAUCGCUGACAACGGGGGGCUAAAGGCCGCGUAUCACGCCUAUCGGUCAUGGAUCCAGGGAAACGGAGAUGAGAAAAGACUUCCUGCUGUCAACCUGACCAAUGACCAGCUCUUCUUCGUUGGAUUUGCCCAGGUGUGGUGCUCAGUUCGGACACCAGAGAGCGCUCACGAGGGCCUGGUGACCGACCCCCACAGUCCUCCCCGAUACAGAGUCAUCGGCACGCUCGCCAACUCUCCGGACUUCAGCCGCCACUUUAACUGCCCUGAAGGGACACCCAUGAAUACGGGGAAGCGCUGCGAAGUCUGGUAGUCAGACUUGAAAGGACCAGCUCGGGGUGGUGCAGGAAUGGGGGGGGGGGGG